AUGUCGCUUCCUCGCCUCGUCGUGUUGCUCCUUGUGCCGCUCGCUGCGUCGCUGCCAUGCCAGCGUCCCGCAGUCUCGCUCGGCGCGCGCUCCUCUGCAUCGCACAAAGGCCUGGUGCACCGCGUUCCACGAUGCCCAAUAGCGGCUCUGCGCGGUGGCAGCGCGAGCGCCGCCGAAGAUGGAGGUGGUGGCAUCGUCCAGUCGCAGUGGGCGAGGUACAUGCGCGCACUUGACGACAAUCCGCUCCGCACGAAGAUGGCGACCGGCGCCGUGCUCGCCGCCACCGGCGAUCUGAUUGCUCAGCUUCUGGAGGGCUCAACCUCGUUCGCCCUUCGCCGCCUGCUGAACCUCGUCGCCGUGAACGUGCUGUACGUCACGCCCUUCCUGUGCGCGACGUAUGCGGCGAACGAAUGGGCGGUGGGCAGCAAGCUCCGCCUUGGAGCCGGCUCCACCGCUGGGACGGCCGCCCGCCUCAUCUUCGACCAGUUUGUCAACGCGCCAAUCGUCGUCCUCGGCUUCUUCUGCAGCUUCGGCCUCGUGAGCGCGCUCUCCGCCGCCGCUUUCGCCGGCGAGCCGUUCAGCCUGGCCGCUCUCGUGAGCUCAGUCGUGAUCAAGCUGCAGAACGAGUAUGUCGGCACGAUGAUCUCCAACUGGAAGAUUUGGAUCCCACCACAGCUCGUAAACUUUGCGCUGAUGCCGCCUCCCCUUCGCGUGCCAUUCGCGUCGCUCGUGGCGCUCGUGUGGAACGUGGUCUUGGCGCUGGUCGCGAACAGGUGA